AUGGCGUCGCACUGUUCGCAGGCAACGCCCCUGGUGACGGGUGUGCUUUCCGCGCCGCUCCGAGCCUCUCGCGUGGCCCUACUUCCGUCCGCGCGCCCCUUCCCGGCUUUCUCCCGUCCGUGUGGGCCCCUCAGGACAGUCAGUGCUCCGCUUGCGCGCCGAGCCGUUGCAAUUCGGGCAGGGAGAGCCGCCGGAUCCAACGACGCGUCCCCCCGAGCCGUUGGAGCCGAGAAAUCUGACGUGGCGCCCCCCCGUGAAUCUGCUCCGCGCACCGCUGUUGGCGUUGACUGCGGUGACGUGGCGUCCGCCAGUCGCGCAUCGCCACGUGGCCGCAUUGUUUCCGCGGUUGCCGGCGCGUUGGUGGCGAUUCAUCUGGCCGCCGCCGCGAGUCCUCUCGAGGCCGUCGCCGCCGCUUUCAACGCUGCGGCCCACCCAUUGGUGGUGGCGGUGGUGGCAGCAGGGGAGCAGUCGCCCUAUGCGCGCGCGCAGGAGGAGCAGGAUGAGGACGUGGGCCUGCUGGACGGGCGCAUCCGCCCCUGCCCCCUGGCGGUCAACCCCAACUGCGUCUCCACCUCCUCCCUCAGCCUCGCCUACUCGCCGCCCUGGACUGUGCCCUCACUCAGCACCGCCACGGCAGUCCAGAGACUAGAGGGAGUGCUGCUCUCGGCGCUCAAGAACCCAACUAUUGAGGAGUCGGUUGACGUCGCUGAUGGAGGGCACUACAUAAGGGCCAAAACAGACGGCCUGUUUGGGCGAGACACUAUCGAGCUGCUACUGCGCGACGACAAUGUAUUAUACCGCUCUAUAGCGGGGCGCGUGGUGUACAUAUACCCGUUUACCACCCCACUAACGGACUUUGACGCACAGAGGAAGCGCAUGGAUGCGUUGGGAAAUGAGCUGGGGUGGCUGCAGGAGUAUGAAUACGAGACCGAGUUUGAAAUGGACUAUGAUUAUUGA